UGUCUCCUAGGUUUGAUUGAUGGUCAUACCCAUCCUGUGUGGGCUGGAGAUAGAGUCCAUGAAUUUGCAAUGAAGCUAGCUGGUGCUUCAUACAUGGAUGUGCAUAAGGCAGGUGGUGGUAUACAUUUCACAGUUAACCAUACACGGAAUGCAAGUGAUGAUGAUCUCUAUAACCUUCUCAAGGAGAGAUUACAAAGCAUGUUAAGAUGUGGGACUACUACUGUAGAGUGUAAGAGUGGUUAUGGAUUGGAUGCAGAUACUGAAAUUAAGAUGUUGAGAGUAUUAGAACAGGCCAAGAGAGAUAUGCCUAUUGAGAUAUCAAGCACCUACUGUGGAGCACAUGCUGUUCCAAAAGGAAUGACAGUACAGGAGGCUACUCAGGAUAUAAUUAAUGUUCAGAUACCAAGAAUACAGGAGCUGAUGAAUAAAGGAGAUCUGCAAGUAGAGAACAUUGAUGUCUUCUGUGAUAAAGGUCUCUUUGAAGUUGAAGAGACGAAGAGUAUCCUUGAGGCUGGUAUGAAAGCAGGAAUGGCAAUCAAUAUCCAUGGUGAUGAGCUACACUAUGUCAAGGCUGCUGAGCUAGCAGCUAGUCUUGGUGCCAGAGCAGUCUCUCAUCUAGAAGAAGUUUCUGAUGCUGGUAUUAAAUCCAUGGCUGAGGCAGGUUCUGUAGCUGUACUACUACCAACCACUGCAUACAUCCUCAGGCUCAAGCCUCCUCCAGCAAGGAAAAUGAUCAGUGAAGGUGUACCUGUAGCGCUAGGCUCAGAUUUUAACCCAAAUGCUUACUGCCUAUCAAUGCCUUUGACCAUGCACAUGGCCUGUGUGACAUUCCGUAUGUCAUUAGAAGAGGUUUUGGUGGCUGCUACAAUCAAUGCAGCAAAGUCUAUAGGAAGGUCAGCAUCACAUGGGUCACUGGAAGCUGGAAAGGUGGCUGACAUGCUUAUAAUCAAUGCCCCUAGAUGGGAACACUUCAUCUAUCAAAUGGGACGUCAUCAAGAGCUGUUGAAGACAGUGAUUAAGAGAGGAGAAAUCGUGCAUUUCAGUUUGAUCUAGAUGUCUGAUAAACUCUUCAACAUGAUAACCACUGACAAAGAAUGUGUGACGAAGAGGCUGUGCCAUUAAGCUCUUUUAAAGCUUCUAGAAUGUAGUCAUUUUUUGUGUAAAUGUUCUCUAUUGCAUUCCUAUUUCCUAACAAUUAUAAAUGAAAUAACAAAUUUGGGAGGUUAAAGGUAAAUGUGAUCAGAUCGUGCAAGUCUUCAAUUCUUUAACUGAAAUAACAAUAUGGCAUUGCUUCCAAGAAAGGUUGUCAUUGGGGACUCAAGUGUAAGAAAUCCCAGCCAUGGCAUAAUUUCCUUUAGCAAUUACUUUUUUUGUGCUGCAUUCAGGACAAGUGAGGUAAAGAGUUACAUGGCAGGAAGUAUUUCUUUGAAAUGCUUGUGCACUGUAAUGGGCUUGCCCUGUUAAAGCCAUGAUGAUUAUAUCAAAGUCACUUCGGAAUUGCAUAGACAUUAGAUGAUAUCAUUCACUCUGUAUAGAAACAAUGUAGGCAUACAGAACUUUGUUCUCCCUAUUGUCUUUAACUCUCGAUAUGUUCUAGCACUAGAUAGAGGACUGUGAUGGUUUGGGUGAUGUUUGUUAUCUUUACAGAUAAUGUUGGGAAUAGGAUGAACAUAGUUUUGAGAGCAAGUUGAAGUUUAGUUUCAUUAUCUACAUUGUAAUUCUUCAGUAUUAUCUGUGUCAUAUCAUGGAUGGUUUUUACUGCUCAAACAUAAUAAGUAGAAUUAUAGAUCUUACGUAUACAUUUUUUUCUUCAUUAUACUUGAUUCAUGUAUUUUUAAAAAUAUCUUUAAGAAUAUCAAUAAGUCAUGUAAAAAUGAUCUGGCUAUUAUAUUGUGUCCUCUCUUCUUGACUAUAAGAAUGAUAUGUAUUGUUUUGUUUUUUAACUAAAGUUUCUACAAUUCUCCUGUCUCAAAUCACAAAUGUCAUGAACCCUUAUUCUCAAAGUGCCUUAAAAUUGUUAGCAGAUUUUCUUAUUUGUUAAUAUGUUAUCUUUCUACUGUGAAACCAUUGAGAAAUUUGAAUACAAAAAUAAUAUCUUGGAACAAUGUUGAUACACCAUUAAAACAUUUUACAUAUUCAUUGGAAAAUGAAAGUGAUCUAUUGUACUUGCUAUUUUGCACUCAUUAUUUCUCAGAUCAAAAACCUAAUCAACCAUUCAAAUACUUACCAAUAAUGUUGUAAAGGUGAUUGUCAUUGAAUCUUCUUGUCAAAAAAAGGAGAAAUUUCAAUUUCCUUUUUUUUUUUUAAUAAUAAUUUUACCGGUAUGAAUCAAAGUAUCCAAUGUCUUUUUUCUAUUAAUAUGGCGGCUCAGCUACAGCCGGGGUUAUAAUAUGAUACCAAGUAUGAAAGCGCAGUGGAGUAUAUGUACAUAGUAACUGCGCUAUAUAAAUGGACAUAUUAUUAUUAUUAUUCUGUGAACAUGUAAGCAUGAUAUUCUUUUUCUUAUUUCGAGAGAAAUCUAGAGAGAUGUGAUAUCAGGUUUUGUUUAAACCUUUUUUAUUCACAUAAAUCAGUAUUUAUAAAUUACAUAUUUUUACCACUCGUUUCAUCUUUAUACUUCAAUGCAUUUGUAUUGAAUAUAACUCAUGUCAACACUCAGUUUGGGUUAUUUGUCUCGCCUGCAGAGUGAGACUAUAGGCGCCGCGUUCCCAACAGCAUCGUCAACAUUGAAAUCUUAACCAAGGUUAAGUUUUUGAAAUGUCAUCAUAACUUAAAAAAAUAAAUGGACUUAGUUCAUAAAACUUGGACAUACAGAUUAUCAAGUAUUACUGAACAUCCUGCCAGAGUUUCAGGUCACAUGACCGAGGUCAAAGGUCAUUAAGGGUCAAUGAACUUAGACCAUGUUGGGGGAAUCAGUAUCGAAAUCGUAACCAAGGUUAAGUUCUUGAAAUGUCGUCAUAACUUCUAAAGUAUAUGGAUCUAGUUCAUGAAACGUUGACAUAAGAGUGAUAGUUCAUUGAAGAUCCUGACUGAGUUUCAGGUCACAUUACCAAGGUCAAAGGUCACUUAGGGUCAACAAAGAUCAUGUUGGGGGUAUUUGUGGAAUUGUCAUCAUAACUUUAAAGUUUAUAGAUCUACAUGUAGACAUAAGGGUAAUCAAGUAUUAAUAAUUGUUUUGCACGUCUUAGGUCACAUGAUCAUGGUCAAAGGUCAUGUUGGGUCAAUGGACAUAGUACUUUAUUAUCAUGUAAGUGUUUUUACUUGUGAAUAAUUAUUUAAUAGCUCUUUUAAAGGUCAGCACUGCUGCUAUAUCGAAUUGCGUAAUGCAGGCGAGACUGCCAGAGGCAUUCUACUUGUUUAUAGAUUUGGGGCGAAAUCUUGCAGUCCCAUACUUUUUUUUAAAGGACAAGUCCAAGCCUAACAAAAAGUUGAUUUGAAUAAAAGGAGAUAAUUCAACAAGCAUAACACUGAAAAUUUCAUUAAAAUUGGAGGUAAAAUAAGAAAGUUAUGACAUGAAUUUUUGCUUAAUUUCACAAAACGGUUAUAUGCACAUCCUGGUCAGUAUGCAAAUGGUCAGACUGAUGAUGUCGCCCUAUUUCUUUGUAUUUUAGUAUAUGAAAUACAAAAAAAAAAAAAAAAUUCUCCUCAUGUGAAACUAAACUUUGUUCCUCCCUGAACAGGUGGAAUUACCAUUAUUUUAAGUUUAUGGUUAAGUCAAGCUGGUCCUUAUUGUCCAAUCUGUAAAAAUUAAAAUAUUGUAUAAUUCAAACAAUAAGAAAUAGAAGACAUAGUGAGUGAGGGAUAUCAUUGACUCUCUAAUUUGCAUAUCACUGAGUUAUGCAUACUGGUAUUACUGUUUUGUGAAAAAUACUAGUAAGCAGAACUGAAAAGUUUUGUAAAUUUCUUUUUUACAUCAAAUUUUGAUGACAUAUUCAGCAUUAUGCUUGUUUGAUUUUUCUUUGAUUAAAAUCAACAAUAUUCUUGGAUGGACUUGACCUUUAAUGAAUGUUUAUGAAAUUGGUGUGAUAUCUUUAAUCAAACAAAAAAAUUAUCGGCCUAAUACGAUAACUACAAUGAAAUUCUUUUUUUUUUUUAUCCAUGAUCUCAUAUAUUCAUCAAAGGGGGAUGAAUAGGUCUUUUGAUGACAUAUUCAGCAUUAUGCUUGUUUGAUUUUUCUUUGAUUAAAAUCAACAAUAUUCUUGGAUGGACUUGACCUUUAAUGAAUGUUUAUGAAAUUGGUGUGAUAUCUUUAAUCAAACAAAAAAAUUAUCGGCCUAAUACGAUAACUACAAUGAAAUUCUUUUUUUUUUUAAUCCAUGAUCUCAUAUAUUCAUCAAAGGGGGAUGAAUAGGUCUUGAUCCCAAGUCCUGAACAUAUAAAAAUCCUUUGACUGAACUUGAAAAGAUGAACCUGACAACAUAAACUAUUUGAUACAAAACUUAAAGUGAUAGGUUUCCUGAUGUGUAAUGAAAUAAUGUUCAUAUCUUUGUGAUUAUUGGACCAUAUCACAAAAAUUUCCUCCAGUUGUAGAAAAUGUAUCAUAGUUUCUUUAACAUGCUGUACAUGAACAUUGUCAACCAAGUUAAAAUUAAAUUUGUUUGUCAGAUGCCAGAUGAACAACAAA